AUGUUAUUCCUCUACUAUCUACUUUUCAAACCUCAAAUUAGAAGCAUUGAACCCCUCCUGCUAUUAUUGGUAAUUUCAAAUAACAACAAAGACAACAACAAUAAUAGCAGUCUAUUGAUGACUGAUAAUGUACAUUUUGGUGGUGCUGCACCAUUUGAAAACCAGAUUGUUGAACGUAUGUUGUCUCGAUCAUUAUCUUCAACAUGUGACUUGGUAGAUACUAUUUAUAUAUUAACAUUUUAG